AUGACCAGUAUUUGUUCUGUAACUACAUCAUUACCAAUUUUGAAUAAUGUUAAAUUCAGAGUCCUUGAAAAAGAAGAUUAUAAAAAAGGAAUUUCAAAUAUUCUUAGCGAAUUAACAAAUUGUGAAAUAACUGAAGAAAGAUUUAAUAUAGUUUUUGAUGAGAUGCAAAAAAGUGGAAGAUAUAAUGUCAUUGUUGGUGAAGAUAAUAACGGUAAAAUUGUUGUUACUGGAACUUUACUUAUUGAGAGAAAAUUUAUUCAUUGUGGUGGUCUAGUUGGACAUAUUGAAGAUAUUGUAGUAACCAAUUCAAGAAGAAAAGAAGGAUUAGGCAAAGCACUCAUUCAAAAACUCAUUCAAAUUGGAAAAGAAAAAGGAUGUUAUAAAAUAGUUUUAGAUUGUCAAGAUGGUGUUAAACAAUUUUAUGAAAAAUGUGGAAUUCAUUAUAAAGACAAUUGUAUGGCUAUUUACUUUAAUAAAUAG